AUGGCAUGGCCUCCACGAAGUUGGAAGUGCUCUCCCCCACUUGCAGUUAUCAUGCUGCUGAUCAUUUUGUCCAUUUCAGUUCCAGGGAAUUCAGCCGCAGUCACUGUCACUUCCGAUGAAAAGAACCAACAACAAACAGUGACAGUUUCGUCCACUCAGAAAGAAGAAACCGACACUUCUACUACUACUGGAGAAAUCAAGUGUGGAACAUGCCCUUGUGUAAACCCUUGUCAACAGCAGCAGCAGCAGAUUCCACCACCUCCCCCACCGCCUCCGCCACCAAAGACCACUAGUUGCAGCCCAGUUUUACCUGCAGCCCCAGUAUUAUUGGCGCCGCCGCCUCCAAGGUUCAUUUAUGUGACGGGUAUUCCAGGUGAUUUGUACAAAACAGAUACUUAUGGAUCGUCCUAUUCCUAUGAUUUUUACUCGGCCGCUGCUCCACCGCCAUAUCCAAAUGUGAUCAUCACGUUGCCACCUGCCUUGCUCCUCGUCUUGCUCAUGGCUUUUGGGAGGAUGCUACUCUAA